UUGUGUUCUUGCUUCCCAUGCUGCUGGCUCUACUGCACUGGCUGUUGAAGCAGAGGGUGACAGGCAAGCAAUCGGCUCCUCCGUGCAUUAGCGGCUGGAUACCCUGGAUCAGGGCUUCUAUCCGCUUCGGAAAAGCUCCACUUGAAUUUAGCGAACAAGCCAGAGCACAGUACGGAGCAGUUUUUACUGUGGUAGCUGCUGGGAAGAGACUCACUUUUAUUACAGAGGAGGAAGAUUUUGAGAUAUUCUUUAAAUCUAAAGAUGUUGACUUCCAAGAGGCAGUACAAGAAGCUGUAUGGCGUACCGCUUCAAUUAGCAGAAAGAAUUUUUAUAAGACCCAUACACCAGUUCAUGACAUGUUGAAAGCGAGACUGGCUCCACCCAGAUUGCAUUUGUUCUCUGCUAAUCUCUAUAACGAAUUUUGUGAACGUCUUCUGUACCUUGGAGCCAAAGGCAUCGAUAAUUUGUAUGACCUUAUCUGGCACAGUAUGUAUCCUGCAGUGGUAAACAACCUGUUUGGAAGGGACAUCUGUCCCACUAAUAGAUGUACAUUUCGGGAGAUGGAGAAGCACUUCCAGAAGUUUGAUAGAGAUUUUGAAUUUGGUUCCCAGUUGCCAGAAUUUCUACUGAGAGACUGGUCUAAAUCAAAGCACUGGCUUCUGUCUCUAUUUGGAAGUAUUGUCUCCAAUGCUGCAAAGUUGAAACCUGCAGAUGACCACUCCAAGACAUUGUUUCAGCAUCUUUUAGACACUUUGAAUGGGAACUCUACUGCUAAUUACAGUUUAUUGUUACUCUGGGCUUCCCAAGCAAAUGUACUUCCUAUCACGUUCUGGACUCUUGCAUUUAUUAUUUCGAAUCCAUUUGUUUAUCGGACUGUUAUGAAGGAACUAUGUUCUGUCAUGGAUGACAAAAGUAAUAAAAAGAUCAGAUUGAAGGAAAGUGAUCUACAGAAGCUUCCAUUCUUAAAAUGUUGCAUUUUAGAGGCAAUUCGUUUGCGAGCUCCAGGGGUUAUAUGUAGAAAAGUGAUGCAACCUUUAAAAAUUAAAAAUUACAUUGUUCCUUCGGGAGACAUGCUCAUGUUGUCCAUUUACUGGGCACACCGGAAUCCCAAAAGAUUUCCUGAUCCUGAAAAAUUUAUUCCUGAACGAUGGAAGAAGGCAGAUAUAGAAAAACAUGUCUUCUUAGAUGGUUUCCUAGCUUUUGGAGGAGGCAGGUAUCAGUGUCCAGGAAGAUGGUUUGCACUGCUAGAAAUUCAAAUGUUUGCAGCUCUUAUACUUCACAAGUAUGAGUUUACUUUAUUGGAUCCUGUCCCAAAAGAGAGUCCACUUCAUUUAGUAGGAACUCAACAGCCAGCAGCUCCUUGCAGAGUUGAAUAUAAAUUUCGAUGACCAAUACUUGCUGCAAACACAGUUGUGCUCAGCGUAAUCAGUGUACUCAAAAGUAGAUUUGAUAAUAAUUAAAAAUAAACUUUCUCUUUGUUUAAUGUAAAAUAAUCAUGUACCUGUAUUGUAUUUUGUAGGAUU